AUGAGGCACGUACCAGUUUACCUGUUAGUUUUCUGGGCUAUGCUUCUCAUUACCAUUUCUGGAGAAGUUGAAAUAGGCACUUCAAAAGAGUGUGAAAAUGCUCACUUUGUUCCAGGAUACAAUCUUGCUGGUGAAGGAUUUGAUGUUGUGACCCUGGAGCGCAAAGGUACUUAUGUGAUCAACACAGAGAAAUGGGAUUUAGGAAACGGCACCUGUAACAUGCGCACAAACCAAUACAUGAAUGGAAUCAAGCAGAAGCUACCAGCUGCAGUUGACUUCUGGAGGACCUUGCCAAAGUGUUCAAUGAAAGUCUCCAGUCAGAUCUUUGAAUCAAGUGAAGCAGUGGUCGAAGAAUCGUCUUCAGCUAUCUCAGGCAACUGGAAAGCAGAUUUAAGUGUUCAACUUUCUGGAGCUACAGUUGGAGGCACUCAUUCCAGGGAAGCAAAAUUUGCAAUGCAGAAAUCCAAACAAGACAAAUACAGUUUCACCAAACACCAAGUUGAAUGUAACUUUUACAGAUACCACGUUGUUCAAAAGCCUCCUCUUCAUGCUGAGUUUCUUCAAGCAAUCAAAUUACUCCCUGCGUCUUAUGAUAAAUUCGCCUACCGCAGUCUAAUCUCCACAUAUGGCACUCACUAUACCACAAGUGUAAUGUUAGGGGGACACAUGAAAGCCAUAACAGCCAUAAAAACCUGUGAGGCUUCAAUUGGUGGACUUUCAGACACUGCAAUCAAAGACUGUUUGGAUGUAGAAGCCUCGGGCAUAUAUAAAGCAUUAACUGUGGAGGCAGAGGCACGUUUAUGUCGAGAGCUUAAACAAAAGUUGGGCACAAAUCUGAAGAUGAGCAGCAAGUUUAGUGAGCGUCAGACAGAGAUAAUUGGAGGGAACAUAAAUGGAGAAGAUCUGCUUUUUUCUGGAUCAUCACACCCAAAUGCCCUUAAAGGCUGGCUUGAGUCAUUGAAGAGUGUCCCUGAUGUUGUGCAGUAUACUCUGAAACCCCUCCAUUUCUUACUGAGCGAAAAACACCCUGCCAGAAAAGGGCUGAAAAAAGCUGUUGAAGAAUACAUCACUGAAAAUGCCCUCAGGAACGUUUGCUCUGAGCCUUGUAAGCUUGGUAAGAAGUGCAGUGCGAGAGAUCCUUGUGUUUGUGUUUGUGAAAGUAGCAAAAUUAUGAAGUCCAACUGCUGUCCAACUGAAAAAGGGCUCGCCACCCUGAAGGUCUACAAUCUCAGAGCCAACGGUCUGUUUGGAGAUACAUUGACUCAAACAGAUGGUUAUGUAGAAAUCAAACAUCAAGGACAAAACAAACGCACUCAGACUAUUGUUGAUAAUGACAAUCCACGUUGGUCAGAAACAUUUAAUUUUGGUCAUAUUAAUAUCAAAAUUGGCAGUACAUUAACUUUAGAAGUAUAUGACGAAGAUGACUUCUGGAAUCGUGAUCAUCUUGGUACAUGUUCUGUUAAAGUUAGCAGUGGAGUUGUUAAUGAUGGAUGUGCUUUAGAUCAUGGCACCUUAUUUUUCAGCUAUGAGGUGAAAUGUGCACCCAGUCUACAGGGCCGACAUUGUGAUGAACACAAGCCGUCGCCAAUGGCUGCCUCUCUGGCUGACAUUUUCAGCUCAAGAAACGGUGUUCUGGUCAAAGACAUGCAGAGGCUUGAAUUAGCUUUCAAUAACUCAGGUAUGACUCACUUCAAGAGUGAUAAUGGAAAGCUCUUGAUGCUGUAA